CUUCAAAACUGAAGGCGCUUCCGCAGACGUCACUUCCUCCAAAACAACGCUUUCUUCGAAAAGGCUCCAACAGGCGUUUCUUUCAAAUUAUGAUUCAUAUACGACCUCACAAACUGAGGCGACUUGUUACUGAUUUGCAUUAUGAAUGCCUGCAUACAUUUAAUCGAUUAACUCAUACUGGUUCUUAAAUUACUGUACAAGCUAAUUGCAAUUAAGGAUGGAGGUAGCUGUAAAAGGGCGGGCAAAGAGGAAGCAUUUGAAUGUAGACGACCUGGAAAAAAGCAAAGCAGGCCUCGAAGCUCUCAUUAACCCCCAAAACAUCAAUAGAAGCUGGAGAAAUUCUCACAAUUUAAAGCCAAGGACAACUAUGAAGAGACGGAAAUGUGGGAAUUACAUUACAUUUACACCUUUCUUACAUAAUCUCGAGUGCUGCGAUCCAGGCACAUCAUUACUCACCCCCACGUGCACAAAUGGGCUUCAUGGAGAGCGCGCAGCCGAAGACGAGGUCAGUUCGGAUGAUGAGGAUUUGUUGCCGGCGGGCCUCGAGGAGCCUGAAAACAAGGACAUCGAUUACUUCGAAGGCAUAACGGCCGAGAUGUUUGAAGAAGACUUCGAUGGCUCUCACGAGACGGUGCACGAAGAGCCGGAGGUGGAGGCUCUGCCCGACGCCACCUACGGGCUCUUGGGCAGCAGCGAAGAGCUGCUGGUGCCUUGCGGCCACAUCGACGACCUCCCGGAGGAGGUGCUGAGGCGGGUCCUCGGCCUCCUUCCUGCCCGAGACAUGUACAGGAGCGCCGGACUCGUGUGCCAUCGCUGGCGCGGCAUAAUUGAGGACGCCAAGUUCAUGCCGUUCAAGAAAAGGUACUAUCGCUUUCUGAUGAACGAGGGGGCUACGUCGAAUGAGGUCUACUCCGCGGCGCUCCAGGGCGGCAUCACAAACCCGGAAGAAUCCGAGCACAGCGUCCGAAACCUUGUCAUCGCGAUGGCAAACCACAAGUUCGGCGAGAGGGUGAAUCCGACGGAGGUUCUGGAGCGUUUGAAGAAACAUCGCUUUUUCCCUCACGCCGAGGCCUCCAUCAGAUUGUACAUCCGCAAUGUUCCCCGGUGCCACAAUCUAGAAAUUGAGGGGCCCAACCCGUUUGCGGCCAUGGCGGUGAUCCUCCUCCUCAGUGAGCGCAUCGACGACGUCCUGGCUUUGGUGACCUUGCUGAGCGGCUGCAUGUUGUACGGCGCCGUCACCGAGUACCUGAACCACGUGGCCACGCUGCUGCUCGCGGCCAGGAGGCGAAACGUGAAGAUCAGCGAGAGGUUGCAUUACAACAUCUACUACGUUCUUCAUCUGAGGGAUAAUGGCCCAUUUUCCGUUAGUUCCUCAGAAAACAGGGGCUCACACAUGAAGAUGACCUCGGAACAGCAUCGGGUUCUCAGUCACGACAUUGAGAAAGACCACGUGGUGAAGAUUGUUGCGUUUGCUGGCACGGGGAAAACAGCCACGCUGGUCAAGUAUGCCGAGCAGCGGCCACAUCUCCGCUUCCUGUACGUCGCCUUCAACAAGUCGGUUGCUAGCGAGGCCUCGCAACGUUUCCCGGUGAACGUGGACUGCAAGACUAUCCACUCGCUGGCCUACAGAGACAUUGGAAAAAUGUACCAAAAGAAACUCAGCUUUAAUCUGCACCCUUUCUCCAUCAACACGGUCCUGCCCAAAGGCCGAGGCGGGUACGCCAAUGCCAAAGUGGUAGUCACCACUCUCAAAAACUUCAUGGCUUCCAUCGAUCCGACAAUCGCCGCGAGCCACGUGCCGAGCGAACAAGUGAGUCUUCUGGGCCUAAAGAAGUACAUAACUGAAGAGGAAAAACAGAUGUAUGUGGAAGACGCAAAGAACAUUUGGAUGAAAAUGAAGGACGUCAACGAGACGACGGUACAAGGCUACCACAUGCCCCACGAUGGUUACCUCAAGUUAUGGCAGCUCCGUAAUCCGAAGGUCUGCCUCUCCGACCGAUACGACGUCAUUUUCAUCGACGAAGCCCAGGACUGCACACCGACCAUUAUGGAUGUGCUGCUGACACAGAAAUGCGGCAAAGUGCUGGUCGGGGAUCCCUACCAGCAGAUUUACAGCUUCAGAGGAGCCAUUAAUGCAUUGGAGAGUGUCCAGCACACGCACAUUUACUACCUAACACAGAGUUUCCGCUUUGGCGCCGAGAUCGCCUACGUGGGCGCCACCAUCCUCAGAGUGUGCAAGCAAGUCGAAAAGAUUCUCGUCGGAGGAAGGCAGCAAGGUGAACGCUCUCGUUAUCGCAGAAAGUCUAAAAGUAAAACAACCGGCCCUUCCUCUCGCUUCCAUCCUCUCGUCAAUUUCUCACACAUUUCUCAAGGGAGCGUGUUUGACGAAAAAUCGGCCCAGGCCCAACAGGAUGUGGCCAACGGCAGGAGCCCUGCCAAGGGAAACACGGCCAUCUUGUCCAGGUGCAAUUUUGGUGUGUUCAGCGAAGCUGUGCGGCUGACCGAGGCCAACCCGGAGUGCACAAUCCACUUCAUCGGGGGCUUGGACAACAUUGGCUUGAAUACGAUCAAGGACAUUUGGUACUUAAUGGAAGACAAUCAUAACCGCAAACUGAUCAAGGACCGCCUCAUUGCCACGUUUGUCAAAAUCGAACAAAACCCCUUGGAGGCGCUGAAAAACUACGCCCAGAAGACAGAAGACCGCAACCUGGAGGCCAAGAUCUGCAUCGUGACCAAAUACAAAAAUCGCAUCCCCGCACUGGUCAAGUGCCUGAAUAAGCAAGCGGAGGGAAAUGCGAAAAAGGCAGACUUCAUACUCGGAACAGUCCACAAAGCUAAAGGCCUGGAAUUUGACAUUGUGAUAGUCAGCGACGACUUUGUCACCGUUCCUUUUUCCAGACACGCCAUGUACCGGAGCAAAUUUUCCAUGAGUGAAGUCCCCGAAACUGAAUGGAACCUGCUCUACACGGCGGUGACUCGCGCCAAAACGACACUGAUCAUCACAAAAACCAUCCACCGCAUCCUCACCCUGUCGGGGGAAUACCUGUUGAAGUCGGUGAUGCCCGUCAGGCCGUUGAAAGCGGGGGAGACGCCGGCCUGCGUGAUUAACGCCUGCACCAACUGCAUCGCGCCCGGCGUUCCUUUCAUGAUGUGCAAAAGACAAAUACCAUACUCGACUGGCACGUCUCGCGAGGGCGCGCUGUGCGACAGGUGCGUGUGGAUCCGCGCGGGCCCGAUCGCGCGCCUCAUGACCGACCGCGUGCUCUCCCCGGCUGAAUCCGACCAGCACGUGGCCCCCUGAGAGGAACCGCCUGGAAUAUAUACGUAUUUUUUUCUCGGCUUAUCAUUUGAAAUGAAGCUCCUUUGCUGUUGGGGCGUCAACGGAGAACGUUUUGUACAAAAAAAAAGCCCUGCUUCGGAGAAAAUAUAUAUAUUUUUUCAGAUUUAUAGCUCAUAAAUAAAAAGAAAGCGCUUUCUUGUACUGUCAAGUCACUUGUAAAAUUACAGAAGAAUAAAUCAAUUUCUGCUACUAUGAGCUGCCUGCGGGAUGUUUCUGGUUAUUUUAAUAUAGCCAAUGGGGACUUCGGGGCUUUGUACAACUACAGAGUAGAAGAGGCUAAAAUAGAUGUUAAUACUUUGCAGUAUGCGUGACGUGGCGCAUUUCGAAAGAAUGCAGCUGCUCUAAUAGCAACAAUUAAUCGUUCAUACAGGAAAAAACAUCUAUCAUGAGAGGGAAAGCUGUUUAAACAUAUUGGAACAGUCUUGUUUUGAUUGUAAUCGCAUUCCACGGGAAUGUCGUCAUGACAUUACAACAUCUGGACAGG